AUUUUCAAUACAGUAAUUUGCAAAUUCUAAUAAAAAUUCUAUAAAAAUUUACUACCUAACAUCUCAUCAGCACUCGAGCAUUUUCCUUGUUUAAUUUAGAGAGUAGGCUAAUAUAAUAGCGAAAUGCAAAUUGAGAGGCUAACAUGGUGAUUUGGCCUAGAAAAAACAUUGUCCUAGAAAGAAAGGAAGUUUAAACAACGGAUGGAUGCAGUAGUAAGUGUAUUUGUAUUUCCACUCUCUUGUAUUUGUAUAUAUUCUUUGAAGAAUCCAGAUCCUAAAUUUAGUGCUAUGAUACGACAGAAAAGGCGCGACUUUCGAAAUGAACUGUGAAAGUAAUUUUGUUUUUUAGCGGAAGACAGUGAGAGAGAGUUGUGAUUAUUAUGAAGUUAGUUGAGCAGCAAUGAAUGAAUAAAUGGUAGUAGAAGAUUGAGUGACGAUCAUCGAUCACCACAUCACAGAAUAUGAAAGGAAACGAAAUUGGAGUGUCGAAUUCUUCUUCUUAUUAUUAUUAUUAUGGGAUUUGCUUUGGUGGAGGUAUGCUUAGUUCUGGUGCUACCCAUUUCGCUAUAACUCCUCUUGAUGUACUCAAAGUCAAUAUGCAGGUUAAUCCCAAUAAAUAUAACAAUAAUGGAAUUGUAUCUGGCCUUGCCACCAUUUGGAAAGAGGAAGGUUUUUAUGCUCUCUGGAGAGGUUGGUCUGCCAAAUUAUGUGGCUACGGUAUUCAGGGAGGAUUCAAAUAUGGCCUCUAUGAGUAUUUCAAGAACUUUUAUGCCACCGAUGAUCUAUUGCUUAAUUCUAGUAGGAAUUCCAUAUUCUUUCUCAGCGGUUUGUCUGCACAGCUUUUAGCUGAUGUUACCCUCGCUCCUUUUGAAGCCGUCAAAAUCCGUCUUCAAAUUCAACCUAAUUUCGCCCAGGGUUUAGCUCAUGGCUUUCCAUUAGUAUACAGAAAGGAAGGUCUUGCUGGUUUCUACAGGGGCCUUAUUCCAUUGUGGAGCCGCAAUCUUCCUUUCUCGAUGGUCAUGUUUUCAACAUUUGAGCAUUCAGUGGACCUAAUAUAUAAAAAUAUCGUGCAUAAAAGAAAGGAAAAUUGUUCUACAGCACAACAACUUGGCGUGACAUGCUUAGCAGCCUAUGCAGCUGGUGCUGUUGGUACUGUAAUUUCCAACCCUGCUGAUAAUGUCAUGACCAGUCUUUAUAAAAAAAAGGCUGAAUCUGCUAUGCAGGCUAUCAAGAACAUUGGGUUCAUAAACCUGUUCACUAGAAGUCUUCCUAUUCGCAUUGCACUUCUAGGACCAGUUGUAACUUUGCAGUGGUUUCUCUAUGACACUAUAAAAGUACUAUCUGGACUGCCUACUAGUGGAGGACUUGCAAGAGACCAGGAGGAAGUUAAAUUGUAGCUUGUGCCGUUGUGCCCAAAGUAUCUGUGAUAUGUGGUUGUUUGGUCUUGUGGGUCUGAAUGUAUUUUUUUAAUGCUGUUUAUUUUUCAUUAAAGUGAGAUAAGGAUAAGUUCGCUGUUCAAAUCUGCAUAUGCAGGCUUAAAUAACUGUAAAAAAAAUUCCAGUCCAAGCUCAUAUGUUUUUUUUUUUCCUUUCUUUUUUCUAUUACAGAGUCACUAUAUUAAACCUGAUUUCUUUGCAUUUGUACAUGUAAAUACAAAAUAGGCUUGAAUGAGAUUUUUGUCCCUAUAAUAAUCCAA